AUGCAGGGACCACAUCUGGGAGAGGAGAGUGAAGUCCCCAGCUCUCACACCAGCCAGCGGGGACAAGGACUGAGCACGCUAGCUGUUCCCAGGCCACCUAUCACCUCUUCCCUCUUCCUAGCUGCUGGGGAGGUGGCCAGAGAGGACACUGAGUCACUGGCCUCCGGAGAGGAGACAGAGGCUGGCCUUCUCCCCUGUGAGUCAGGCUCUCCAGCCACACAGUGGGCUGCCCGCCAAGCUCUAUUCCUUUACCUCCUGUCUGCAACCACACGUCUGAGGUUGAUGGCAAUUGUCACCUUCUGA